AUGAAGGCAAGAAAUUCGGUAAUAUUGUUUGUCAUGGGUUCAUUAUUAGUUCCUCCAUUUAGUGGGGACUUCCUUCCCGCUCCAACGGCUAAACGCUCACACAAUCAAAACCCAAGCUUUGAACUUGUAGCAAGAAAGCGAAAAAAUGGAGGACUCUUAAGGAACGGAAAGAUUCGAUCAGCUUCCUGCAGCUGCACAUGGCAUUUGCUUCAAUCUCAGUUCACUGAAUUGUUUUCGUUUUUAAAGGUGUUCGUUGGAUGCGUUAAGGGGUGGAAGGUUGUUUCCAAGUGGAAUCCUUCUAAUGGCGGCGACUUUGACUAUUUAGAGGAAUGGGUAGGAUCAUUCAUUUUGGAGGCUAUCUUAUCUAGAACUUCACCGGUGUUUUAUGGUGAUCUUAGAAGCCAUGAGAGGGUUCCAUUACCAUUCUCCACAUUUGAUUUUGUAAGUGGAAUAGGCAAAAUGUUGGCAAUUCCUGCAGCUUUAAUUCUACUUCAGAAGGGCAUCAAAAAGGAGAAUCGGACACAGAGCAAGUUUCGUUGCUUUGGAAACCCUGAUUUUCAAUUCAUCCAAGAGCACAAUAUUCCAUGGGAUUCUCUCAGGAGGUUAUUCUUCAUGCAGGUGAUGCACUUUUCAUUCCUGAAGGAAGUUGUUCCCAAGUCCAUCAGCCACUGUGUUGUGUAUUGUACUUUUGAAACUAGGACAGGACCAGGUACUUCUUGAGGGUUCUACUGCUAUGUGGAGACAGGAUAUACCACAGCUGCCAUGUAACAAAGGUUAGUUUCUGAUAAGCAUGCCAACUUUUGCCAAAAACAAGAAAAGAUAAACAUGCCGAGAAACCUAUCUUAUAUUUUACUUAGUUGUGUUAUCCUUUAUGUUUUCUUUUAAUUGAUAAGGAAAUGAAGCUGCUGAUAUUGUUUUGCAGCCAUUCUUUGUGAAUUAUACUGGAUAAGUUUUUAUCAGAUCAUGUAGACCAUAGCUUGGAUCAGGCUAGUUGGAGAAAGGAUUUAAAGGGAAAGAAUAAAAUGGCCUUCUUUUAUAAUCCAGCAGCUAAAAUUCUCUGGAUCCUGGAACUGGGCAUCUUUCAGGAUAUGUUUCUUGCCAUGGCGCACAACUUCCCCAGAACUUUGGAAGCUCUAAUAUUACACUUGCUUUCACCAGUGGUGGCAGAAUUCCUUACAGAAAUUUGAUGAGAUAGAUCAGCAGAACACCGAAGAAGAUCGGAACAAUUUCUACCAGGUCUUCUAUGGUGUAUUUGACAACCAAUUUGUGGCAAUGGAUGAAAUUCUAAAUGGUAAAGAGUCAUAUGCAUGC